AUGUCCUCUGUGCCUACGGCUGCCACACUAACAACUAAUUCUGUGAAAUCUCAAAAUGAAGUUGAACAAACAUCAACUUUGCAAGACCAAAUCCAACAAGUUCCUACAGUACAGCCUAAUGAAGGGACUUCACAAACAAAUAAGAAAAAUUUCGUGACCGGUACUGACGAAGUGAUCGAUAGAAACAGUGAAACUCAUGAAGUGAACCCUCAAGAGAGAGUAGAAUUGCCUAAUAAUAUAAAUGAGGCGGUCGAAAGUCACAGAAAUACAAAAGAAAGAUUUUAUAAGCCAUACCCCGCUGAAGAGAUAGCAAAGGUUGCAGAGGAAAGGAAUUCUCGAAAAUUACAAAAACAACAAAAUGCCGAGUCACCUGUUUCAGAAACAGUUGAAGCGGUUGCUGAUACUAGUACUAACACUCAAACGCCUCCACCUUCAGAAACAAAAACCACCGUUAUUGACGCCAUCCCUUCUGAUCAACAUCAAAAACUUCUCACUGAAAAGAAUAUUGAAGAAGUUGAUGAGAAAGCCGAACCUUCAAAUAUGACCUCUUCAGACUCUCCUAAUAAUGAACAGAUAAUCUCAAAUGAAAUAACGAAACAGCCUCCUAAUCCUAUCACAAACAGUAAAUUUAUCCAUGAUAAUCUUCCAUUAGACUCAGCUGAUGAAGUAACACCGAUUGCUUCACCAACUGAGAAAGUUUUAGACACACCCCUUAAUAGUGUUGACGGCAACGGAAAUACGAGAAACCAUAACAAUUUAUCCAAUGGUCCAAUUCAAACCGACGAUUCCUAUUCUUCUGAACCUUUCGAUUAUCAGCCUCAAUUUCCGCUGCCAGGUAGCAGUUCACGGACACAACAAAAGCUACUGCUUCAGCGUCAACAUUAUUUUACUGAUGAUGAAAACUAUGUAAUUCACCCGCGUAAUCAACUAAGAUUAACUAAAGUUAUUGAUAGAAUAAAUAGAGAACAUGCAGCAAUAUUGAUUUAUCGGGAUCCUAUGAUUGAGAGUUUACAAAGAGCAUUUACCAGAUACGCGCAGGACCAUCCUGAAGUAUUGGAUGAUGAUUUUGGUGCGGGCUAUGAAGACUCAAAGGAAUGGGGAAUGAUACCUGAUCAAAAAAGGAAUUUAGAUCAAAUAGUAGCUAAUGCUAAUAGUAUCGUAGAAACAUUGACAGCUGAAUCCAAAAUUAUUCACAUAAACAGUAAAUAG